AUGACCAACCAGUGUAUGGUUUGGUUGAAACCAAUGCUGAUCCCUGUGGACACCAACCGUUAUCAUCAACUGAGAUGUCUGUCCAAUAACUACAAGAGUUUGUCAAUCAAUGAGCAGAAGAUGCGGAUUGAGUUAAACAAACGAAACGCACAGACAGUGGAUGUUUGGGAUCAGAUAACUGCCGACCAAUUGGCGGACUCUAUGAAUGUGUCGAUGAAUGAGUUGAGAGAAACGAUGAGGACUUUGAAGAUCCAGUACUUGAACGACAACAGAGAGAUCUCGCGGAUCGUUAAGUUCUUCGGCAAAAAACCCAUUUUCAUACAAAACCCUUACCAUCAGAAAAAAGUUGACUUUGAUUUCGAUCAACAAAUGAAGACUGUGUUGAGGACAGGGAGGGAACGGGUGAGUCGGGUGCCUAUCGUGACAAUCAUGGGUCAUGUCGAUCACGGGAAGACCACACUUCUGGACACUUUGCGCAACAGUGAGCUCGUGAAGCAGGAGUUUGGAGGCAUCACUCAACACAUCGGCGCGUUUGUCGUGUCUUUGGAUCAGCAAAAUAAGCCCAAAACCAAAGAGUUGGUGACAUUUCUGGACACUCCGGGACACAAGGCAUUCAGCGCUAUGAGAGAACGCGGCGCUAAUAUCACAGAUAUUGUGGUGUUAGUCGUGGCCACCGAUGACGGUGUGAUGGAGCAGACGAUUGAGUCGAUAUCGUUCGCCAACACAUCCAAUGUUCCCAUUAUUGUUGCCAUCAAUAAAGUGGACAAAAGUGUGAAUUUGAACACAGAUUUGCAACUUUUGAAGACAGGAUUGAGAGCUCAGGGAAUAGUCUUAGAAGAAGACGGCGGAGACAUUCAGUCCAUAAGAAUGAGUGCUUUAAAGGGCAUCGGAGUCGAGGAGUUGAAGGAAGCGAUCCUAGCGUUGGCCGAAACGCUUGAACUCAAAGCUUAUACCGACGGAAGUGUUGAGGCAGUGGUCCUCGAGUCAAGUGUGGACCCGAAGAAGGGAAAGACUGCUUCGGUUUUAGUCAAAAACGGAACUCUCAAAAAGGGUGACCUUAUAAUCGCCGGUCAGAACUCGUGGGCAAAAGUGAGGGCAAUGUUUGACGAGUGGGGAAAUGUGGUGCAGAAGUGUGGACCGGGAUAUCCCGUGCAAGUGAUUGGUUGGCGAGAAGAGAGUUUGCCGGACGCGGGCGACAAUGUCUGGCAAUUGGAGUCCGAGAAACAGGUGAAAGAGAUCAUGGGUUCAGUGAAAGCGAGGGAAAGACGGGUUAAGGCGGAAAUGGAUGCAAACGCAGCGCAGAAGAAACUCGAGGAACACCUGAAGACAUACAAAGAAGAGUUGAUUGCAUUGAGAUCUGCGGGCAUUAGGAGGAAGCGGAAGAAGGCCAGCGGUCCGCGAGAAAAGAUGUUGAGCCCCGAAGAGGAGAACGUACUCAAUGUGGUGGUCAAGUGCGACGUCACCGGUAGUCUUGAGGUGUUGCUCAACCUCUUCGAGUCGUAUCCCAACGACAAAAGUGAGGCUAAACUCCGUUUAUUACAUUAUGGUGUCGGAGCCAUCACUGAGAAUGAGGUGGAAUUGGGCGCCUGUUUCGCGCGGACUGUCAUCUACUCCUUCAACGUGAAUGUCGUCAGCCCUCAGGUCAACAAAUUGGCCAAAGAUCUGGACGUUUGUAUCAAACGGUUUAAUGUGAUCUACCAUUUGGUGGACGACUUGAAAAAGGAAAUCAGCGAUCGAUUGCCGCUAAUCGACGAGGAAGUGGUGUUCGGCGAAGCGAUGGUUCAGCAAGAGUUCAUUGUCAACGACAGGAACAAGAAGAUACCGGUGGCCGGCGUUCGCUGCGUCAAAGGGGUCCUCAAGAAGUCCAACUGUCUGUACCGAGUAGUGCGAGGGGGACAGGAGGUGAGCAAUGGGCUGACAGUGUCGUCAAUGAGACACAUCAAGGAUGAGGUGGAGUCCGUCAAAAAGGACGUCGAGUGCGGCCUCCGGUUCGACGGAGUGAUCGGUUUAGAGGGAUUGCGGUUCCAGUCGAGCGAUGCCUUAGUUUGCUAUGAGUUGAGGAAAAUGAAGCAAAAGACUCCGUGGUCUCCGAAAGGAUUCUAA